AUGGCAUGGUGCGGACGCUCUUUGAACUCCUAUUGCACACUUGCCUUGCUGCUGGGCUUCCAGUUUGCCUUUGUGCUCUACUUCUCCCUCGGGGGCUUCAAAGGCUUGGUGUCUGUCCUAGUUCACAACACAGAGCCAAAAUUUGAUUACUCACGACCCCACGACGUCUACACCAACCUCAGUCAUCUCCGAGCCCCACCUGCCCAGCCUCAGAACUCUGGCACUGGAUCCCCCGUGACAGGACCACCGCUGACAGAUUGCCAGGUUGUGUCCCCUCUGCUGGUGGGGCCAGUGUCUGUCAGACUUUACUCACCACUGACUUUAGAAGAGAUCAAAACAAGGAACCCCUUGGUGUUGCCAGGCGGACGCUACCGUCCGCCGGACUGUGAACCUCGGCACCACACUGCCAUCGUAGUACCAUACCGGAACCGGCAAUCACACCUUCAUGCUUUCCUCUACCACCUCCAUCCUUUCCUGCAGAGGCAACAGAUCCACUACAGUAUCUACAUAGUGCAGCAGUGGGGAAAUGGUACUUUCAACCGAGCCAAACUGCUGAAUGUUGGAGUGCGGGAAGCUCUCCGAGAUGAAGACUGGAACUGCAUCAUCCUCCAUGAUGUUGACCUGCUUCCAGAGAAUGACCAUAAUACCUACACUUGCCACGAGCAGUUUCCAACACACAUGUCUGUGGCCAUGGACAAGUUUAGAUACAGGUUGCCGUACUCACAAUAUUUUGGUGGGGUUUCUGCACUGACUCCAGACCAGUAUAUGAAGAUGAACGGCUUCCCUAACCAGUAUUGGGGAUGGGGAGGAGAGGAUGACGAUAUUUGGGCAAGAGUGCGUCUGUCUGGGAUGAAGAUUGUACGCCCCCCAGUGGCCAUUGGUCAUUACAAAAUGAUCAAGCAUAUAGGAGACCGAGGGAAUGAGGAAAAUCCACGCAGAUUUGACCUCCUGAGAAAGACCAGAUUCACCUGGCGCUCUGACGGCCUCAACUCAUUGACUUACGAACUACUGUCCAAAGAACAAGAACCUCUCUAUACUAACCUCACUGUCAACAUUGGAGAAGAUCCUUGUCACCUUCAGGGGAAAAUGGCAAACUCACAGGGACAAAGAGGCCAGCAAAGCAAAGAAAGUGUCAGUGUGACAAGACAUGAUGGCAUGAAGACAAUAGCUCCUCAGACAAAUGCCGCUAAUCAAAUGAUACAAGAGAAAAUGAAUGUGCAUGCAUCUCACCUGUAG